AUGGAUCCGAGUUAUAAAGCUCGGAAGGAAGCGUUUGUCUCCAAUCUGGCAGGAGGAAGCAUUCUCGAGAUCAACGCAGUCACUCUGGUUGCGCCGGCCUCGGUGCUACUCUGGUCGGUACUCCAAGCUCGCCUGUCCUUCUUUACUCCUUACAGCCCACCGGCACUAGUUGUCGACUUUUUGCUGAACGUCCUCGCCAUCCUAUUCGCAACCACGCUCUAUUCGUCUGCACCAUGGACGCUCAACCUCCUCCUGGUUUCACCGGCGCUGCUACUUCUACUGAACUCGAAGCCCGCCCGGACCCAGCACAAGGCUAAACCGCCACGCCAACCCACUGCAGCCGACCAGAAUGCCUCCCACCCGGCGUCGGGCUCAGACCAGUCCCUACCGAUCCAUCCUUUUCUCACGACAUACCGUGCAGCCAUGAUGAUCGUCACUUGCAUUGCCAUCUUAGCUGUGGAUUUUCGUGUCUUCCCCCGCCGAUUCGCCAAGGUGGAGAACUGGGGCACCUCUCUAAUGGACUUGGGAGUUGGGUCGUUUGUGUUCUCGUCGGGGGUAGUUUCUGCGCGUUCGAUCCUGAAAGGCCGGCAGAAUCAGGCCGUGCGAACGUCCUUGUUGCUCAGACUGAAAGCGUCGACGCGUCACUCCAUCCCCCUCCUGGUGCUGGGGUUGAUACGACUCUAUAGCGUGAAAGGCCUCGACUACGCCGAACAUGUAACAGAGUACGGCGUUCACUGGAACUUCUUCUUCACACUAGGAUUGUUGCCUCCCUUUGUGGAGAUCUUCGAUGCCCUGGCGACUCUCAUUCCUUCGUACGAGGCGCUGGCGCUAGGCAUCUCAGUCCUAUACCAGAUCGCUCUCGAGUCCACUGACCUAAAAAGCUACAUCCUUGUGUCCCCUCGCGGGCCCGACUUGCUUUCAAAGAACCGUGAGGGCGUGUUCUCAUUUCUCGGCUAUCUUGCAAUCUUCCUGGCUGGUCGCGCUGUGGGGAUUCGGGUCAUUCCGCGGGGGACAUCGCCGACGAAAUCUGCAUCGCAGGCUCGAAAGAGUGUACUCCUCAGUCUAGGCGUUCAAACCGCCGCAUGGACGGCGCUCUUUGCGCUGAACUCGACAUACGCGCUGGGUUACGGCGCCAAUAUCCCUGUUUCCCGACGCCUCGCGAACAUGCCCUACGUACUCUGGGUGUCAGCCUUCAACAAUGCGCAGCUCUUCCUGUUUUGUCUGCUGGAGACUCUUUUCUUCCCCUCCGUCCACCGUGCGCCUAGCAAGGAUGGAGAGACCGACCGGGUGUCGUUUGCGACCAGCCGCAUCAUGACAGCGUUCAACAAGAACGGGCUCGCAAUCUUCCUCGUCGCGAACUUGCUGACCGGCGCUGUCAAUCUGAGCAUUCCGACGUUGGAUGUCGGCGCGGCGCAAGCCACGGGGAUCCUGAUCGGAUAUGCCGCCGUGUUAUCUGGCGUUGCGCUGGGAUUGGACAAGGCCAACAUCAAGCUGGUCCUUUAA